AUGUGGAGAUCUAACACAAAAGCCCAGGAAGGUCCGUGCCAGGGUACAGGGUACGGGAGGGAUAGGGUCUCCCUCCGAGGCGGCGUGGGGACGUCGUUCAUUUUUCCCUCGCCUGCUCCCCGGGAGUCUUCCUUGCUGGGGAGCGCUCUGCUGUGCACCCAGCGCCGCUCGCUCGCCGCAGAGGCCGGUGGUUUGGGCUGGGCCGAGGCAGCGCGCGGGCGGCAGGAGGACCUGGACGCGAAGGAUUGUGGAUCAGCACCACUUAGAGAUGUGUUGACGGGCCCUCGGAUUGUAGGAGGCACAGAAGCUCAAGCUGGGGCCUGGCCAUGGAUAGUCAGCCUGCAGGUUCAAGAUGACUCUGUUCUUGUUCAUGUUUGUGGAGGAAGCCUAGUGAGAGACAGGUGGGUCCUCACAGCUGCCCACUGCAUUAAAGACAGUAGCUCUGCUUUCAGGCACUCGUCUGAACUGCCUAGCAUGAGUCCUGACCACACACCAAGCCGUCUCUGUUCCUGCCUUGUACACCAGUGUGGCACCUGUCACCAACUAAGACAAGAAGGAAAGUGUAAGGACUCUUGUGCUUUUUGGUUCAGUUCUGCUGUGGAAGACUCAGAGGCGACACUCGUGCGGGUGCAGAGAAUCCCGCCACGGAUGAGACGAGAAGGGAAGGGCGCGAGCAACCACGCCGUCCAGCAGAGAGGUUAUCCUCUUGCCUCAGCCUCCAAAGUGCUGGGAUUACAGGGGUAUCCCACCACACCUGGUGUAAACACCAGCAUUUUAAAUCACUGUAAAAAUGCCUGCUCUCUAAAAUAUCUCAGUGGGGUUUUUUUGUUGCUGUUAACAGGUAAUGGCACACAUAUAUUACAAGAGGCAGAAGUGCACUAUAUUUCUCGGAAAUCUUGUAACUCGGAGAGGAGUUACGCAGGAGUGAUUCCUAACACUUCAUUUUGUGCAGGUGAUGAAAAUGGAGACUUUGAUACUUGCAGGGGUGAUAGUGGUGGACCAUUAAUGUGCUACUUACCAGAACAUAAACGUUUUUUUGUAAUGGGAAUUACCAGUUAUGGAUUUGGCUGUGGUCGAAGAUAUUUUCCUGGUAUCUACAGCGGGCCAUCGUUCUACCAAAAGUGGCUGACAGAUCAUUUCUCCCAGGCAAAAGCUGAAGGCAUAUUUGAUGUAGGUAUUUUACGUGGACAGAUCCUCAUGGCUUUAGGUUUUAUCAUCUUACUAGCAACAACAUAAAGAAAUUCUGAAGACAAAUUCAUUUUGUAUUGUGUCCUCUUUUAUAUUACACAAAAUGAAAGCCAUUUCUUCGUUUAGCAAUUAAUUACAUUAGAGUUCUCAUGUGAACAUUUUUUUUGGGGGGAGGACUGUGACAUUAGACAUACAGUUGUAAAUCUGGCACCAAAUCACAUCCUUGGUAGAAUUGGAUUGUUUUGUGUUAUAAUCAUAAUUUUGUAUUUGGAAUACUUUCCUAUGUAUAAAAUACUCAAUUAAAUAUGUACUCUAUGUGUAUAAAUAUCAAAUAAU